UUGACUCGGGUUAAUAAUAGCAUUACAAUAUCAUAGUUUUCAUACACAAAAUAUAUUAUAUUAAAAAGAUGGACCUAUACCUCAUCCUCAAUUCAUCAUCAACACACUUAUAUAAAACCACUUAACCUAAAGUUUUUAUUCACAUAAAAUCUCCGGUAACAAUAACAAUGGAUUCUCCGAUACUCAUUCUCAUCACACUAUCAUUCUUUCUUCAAUCGCUUCUUCUAGUUUCUUCUCAAUCUCUAUCCAACUCCUCCACAAUCUGUAAAACGACGCCGGAUCCUAAAUACUGCAAAACCGUUUUCCCGCACAGCCAAGGCAAUGUUCAACAAUACGGCCGCUUCUCUAUCCGCAAAUCGCUAUCGCAAUCGCGAAAAUUCAUUCGCACCGUCGAUAAAUACAUCAAACGCAACGCUCAUGUAUCGCAACCCGCCGUUAUCAGAGCUCUCCAAGACUGCCGUUUUCUCGCCGGUCUAACGAUGGAUUAUCUCUUGACGUCGUUCGAAACCGUUAACGACACGUCGGCAAGAUCCUCCUUCAAAGCGUUGCCGUUUCCCAAAGCCGACGACGUCCAGACGCUUCUCUCCGCGGCGUUGACUAACGAGCAGACGUGUCUCGAGGGACUCACCACCGCCGCUUCUUCUUCCGCCACGUGGACCGUAAGAAACGGAGUCGCGUUGCCUCUCGUUAACGACACGAAGCUCUUAGGCGUCUCGCUCGCUCUCUUCACCAAAGGAUGGGUUCCAAAGAAGAAGAAACGGGCCGCCGGGUUCGCUUGGGCCCAUUCGAGAUCCGGAUCAUCCACCCACACCAAACCGCUCCGUCUCUUCCGUAACGGAGCUCUACCGUUGAAGAUGACGGAGAAAACAAGAGCCGUUUACGAGUCGCUCAGCAGGAGAAAACUCGCUGACGGCGACGGAGACGACGGAAGCAUGGUUCUGAUCAGCGAUAUCGUCACCGUGAACCAAGACGGGACCGGGAAUUUCACUAACAUCACCGCGGCUAUAUCGGCGGCUCCGAACAACACCGACGGAAGCGGUGGUUUCUUCUUGAUAUACGUGACGGCGGGAAUCUACGAAGAGUACAUCUCGAUCGCGAAGAACAAAAGGUACAUGAUGAUGAUCGGCGACGGUAUCAAUCAGACGGUGGUCACCGGAAACAGAAGCGUCGUCGACGGUUGGACCACUUUCAACUCCGCCACAUUUGCUGUGACAGCACCGAACUUCGUGGCGGUGAACAUGACAUUCCGGAACACGGCCGGACCAGAGAAACACCAGGCGGUUGCGUUACGGAGCGGUGCAGAUUUCUCAAUCUUCUAUAGUUGCAGUUUCGAGGCUUAUCAAGAUACGCUCUACACGCAUUCUUUAAGACAGUUCUAUAGAGAAUGUGACGUCUAUGGAACGGUCGAUUUCAUAUUCGGAAACGCCGCAGUUGUGUUUCAAAACUGUAAUUUGUACCCGAGAAAACCGAUGCCAAACCAGUUCAACGCCAUCACUGCGCAGGGCCGGUCUGAUCCGAACCAGAACACUGGUACGUCAAUCCACAAUUGUACGAUUAGACCCGCGGAUGAUCUAGUUUCCAGUAACUAUACGGUUAAAACGUAUCUGGGUCGACCGUGGAAAGAGUAUUCGAGAACGGUUUACAUGCAAUCGUACAUAGACGGGUUCCUUGAACCGGUUGGCUGGAGAGAAUGGAACGGCGAUUUCGCGUUAAGUACUUUGUAUUAUGCAGAGUAUAACAAUACCGGACCGGGUUCAAACACUACAAACCGGGUUACAUGGCCUGGUUAUCACGUGAUUAAUUCGACUGAGGCAGCUAAUUUCACGAUUACCGGUCUAUUCCUUGAAGAUGAUUGGAUUUGGAAGACCGGAGUGCCUUACACCAGCGGUUUAAUCUCAUAGUAAUUUGUGAUUUUGCUCUCAAUUACUUUCUCCUAUUAAUUUAAUUUGAAGAAACUGUAUUAUUUUUAUUUGAUAGUGUUUCUAGCCGAAAACCAAGCUCAAUGCCAAGGUAAUGUAACUGUUAACAUUUUUUUGAAAACAAAAUACGAAUUUA